UCAAAUUUAUAUGUAUAUAUGAAAAUUAACAUUAAAGUUUUACUCUUUUUUUCUUAGAUUGGAUGGAUCCAGUCUGAUCCAAUACAUACUGGAUAUAAAAUAUUGGAUGGAUCCAAUCCGAUCCAAAAAAUAUUAGGUUUAAAAUAUUGGAUAAACCCAAAUUAAAUAAAUAAAUAUAUAUGAAAUACAUCCAAUGGAUAGAACCGAUCCAAUCCAACAUCCAAUGGAUGUUGGAUCGAUUGGAUGAUGAAAUUAAUUGGAUCGGAUCGGAUGGUAAAAUCUAACAUCCAAUAUAUGAUUGGAUCGGAUCUGGAUAGGCCUAAAAACAUUGGAUGUGAUCCAAUGAACACCCCUACUUACUGCCCUACCAACCUGCUUUAGAGGUUGUACUUUAAAGUCUAAAAUACCCUUUAUUUCGUUAAAGGACUUAACAUGUCCUUAGGGUACAACCCCUAUAAAGCAGACUGUUAUAUAUUUUUUAACCGUGAUAAAUAAACGGGAUAAAAUUACAAUCCCUAUUUUCUGAUUCAAUAUUUCUCUCGUAACCACCGAUCGAAAACUCCUUCGUUUUCCUCUAAUGGCGACCACUUCUCUCACCUCAUUCCGACCCGCUCCGAUCCAAGCAUCGUCCUCAAGAAAACCCGAUCCUAUUCGCCGCAAGCCUGGUUCCGUUAACUGGUGGACCCCGCUCUUCGGCUACCACUCCGAUCCGGAGUACAUCGGCACCUCAACCGGAGAACAGAACGCGGUCUCGGAUCCCGAAACUGAGUCAGAUCGUCCUAGAUCCAAAUUCUCCUUGGGUUGUUUCACCGAAGAGAAGGCGAAACAGCUAAGGAGGAAGACCUUGGAGAGCUCCACGUUUCACGACGUGAUGUACCACUCGGCGAUCGCUUCUAGACUAGCGUUUGAUUCGAAGAACAGACCCGAGAAGUAACGGUUCUCGUUUGGAGCUCCGGUAUGUUCCUCGGUACCCGUUAUUUUUUUAAUCAGGCGAGGUUUGGGGGUUUUGGAGCUUUUGUAAUAAACUAGAAUGACUUUUGGUUUGUGUGUGAUGUUGUUCUUGGCUUGCCUUAAUCAAGAAAAUUGGUUUUGUAUUCUUGUUUAAUCUGUAGCCUGUAGGGUCAAGAUCCAAUAACCACUUCUUUGUAUUUUGUAACUUUUUUUUUUCUUUUUUAUAAAUCUGAACCGUUUAUGA